CUCUCUGUCUUUGCCACAGCCUCUGACUGUUCUCUGUCUCUGACCACGUGCACAAACGUGCACGUCCUCCUCUUGAAAAGGGAUGGAUGGUGAUUAAUGUUCGCCUUCUCAGCAAGGCACGCCGUCCGGUGUGCAGGUAUAAAAUCCUCACAGCGUGCUGGGACACUUUAUGAAGCUUUAUUUCUUGUUUUAGUAGCUUUAUUAACACACUAAUCGAUUGGACUAACACACAGUCAGUACCAGAGACAGGAGAGCACCAGGACCAGGACCAGGACCAGGGAAGGUAAGUUCAUCUUUUGAAACUUUUACAUGUAGAAUCACUAACAAGAUGUUUAUCCUUUACAUGAAGUAAUGGAACUGUCUGAACUCUGGGGUUUUUAAUUCAGUACCAAAAGGGUGAAUAAAUAAGAAUCCGCUGCACAUAUUGGAACAGAUGUAAAAUAUCUUUGAUGAAGUAAGUUAAAGAAAUAUUUACUAUAGGAGCACCAUGAUUGUAUAUGAUUUUACGUGUUCUGGAUGCAUAAAUUGGUGUCUUAAGUUUAUGUUUGCUUGAAUUAUUCUUCAUUUAUUCUUUAUCAGUGCCAGACUUAUGGUUAUCAAAGCUCAAACUUUGAAUAAUUUAUUGAUAAUUGGAUUGAUGACAGAAAACAGUGAUAGUGAUCAUCAACUGGUUUUAGAGAUUGAGCUGACUCCACAGCUGUUCAAUUGUAUUUGACUAACAAAAGAAACGCAGACACAAAUAUGACUGAUAUAUUGCAUUAGUAUAUAUAUAUUUUUUGUCUUAGAAAAGACCGUCAAAAUUUUUUCAUCAUUAACUUUGACAUUUUCAGCAUUUUAAAUUUUUUUUCUGACAAUUUAUACAUAUAUAUAUAUAUAUAUCUAUGAUCAACAAUAUAUAUAUAAAAAAAUUAUCUACACUACAUCCUGCAGUUAUCUAAAACACCAAUAGGGGUACUGUCCCCUCUGAUCAAGUAGCAAUCACUAACAAGGAUAUUUAAAUCCUAAAGUCUAUGGCAAAUAAAGCUGGAUUAGUAUAAAUAGCUUGAUGACCUAACAGCUCUUUGAAAGUGAAGCCAAAAUAUCCAGAAUUCCUUUGACUGACUGGGUGCAGUAAAGGUCAUAAGGUCAUAAACCCCGCCCCCUCCAGAUGGGGCUUGGAUAUCAAACUAUAAAAUCAAAACACAGUUGAAAUAAAUUUUGCUGUUGUUUUUGAAUGGAAGAGAUGAUUGACAGCUCUGUUGACAAAUGAGGCUGGUCCCUCGCUUAGCAACAGCUAUUAGGCUACCUUGCAAGCAUAGUGAGCGCCAUAACCUUAGAAUAAUCAUUAAGGAUUUCAAGGGUAAUUUCAACAUAUCUGCCUUUUAUAGCAUUUCCACAGCUUGGCAUUAAAUCAAAAGAUAUGUUGGGCUGUGCAGAAUGCGUCUGGUGCACCCCUAAUAGUUGACUAAUAGUUGUAAACCUACCUACUGACAGUUCAAUAUCCAUGAGUGUCCAAUACAAGAAUCUUUUGAUGAUCUGUUGCUAAGUGUGUUUCGACUAAAGGGAGGGGCUGGACGUCAACACUAUGGCUCCACCACCUGCUGCACAGACUCUGGCUCCAAACCAGCAGUAUGUCAGCACCCAUCAUGGGGGAUGUUUUGGUUUCACUCACAUUUAUCAGGCUGAGGGGGAGAUGUCAUCCAUCUCUGUAUACUGUCAACAGCUAAAUGAAUUCCCCUCAUAAAAUGUCACAUAAAAACUGUUGUAUUCAUUCAUUAUGAACUUUAAAAAGUCCUCCAUGUUUCUUGUUCCUGUCCGGCACCACUGCUAAACAUUCACCCAGUGUUUCCGCAUCCAUCCAUCACCUGUGCAGGUCUGACGACUACAAUGAACAUUCAGUCUGCCAUCAACAAAGAGGUCUUCAUCCCUCGUGAUGAGCGGCUGCUGGUGGCGGUGGAGGUGCAGAGGAGGAGGAGGAAGAGGAUGUCCUUCCUCCCUGCUGGAGCCAAAGCAGAAUACAAAACAUUCAUCUGUUUAUCAGGUUCGCUUUUACGCUGUAUUCAUCACAAUACACAGACGCAGGCUGAGUGUAUAUUACUGACACCUGACACUGUAAGAGAAAGAAGCCUAUAAAUCAGUGACAGAGACUCUCGUUGGCUCUAUAUCUCAUCAUGCAGCACGCCUCGGCUGUUACUGUUUUACUUUUAAUGUGCUUACACUGACGUCUUUAAUGUGGACUGGACAGAGUGUACGUUGUGUUUUCAUCUUCCAUAGUUGGUACAGAGAUCCCAAUUAAUGUAUUUAUUUAAUCAAUAUUGUAUUACCGUCAAGUCUUUUUGUCUGCUCCUCUGCAAGCUGAACUAACUCCUAAAAUAGUCAGAGAACUGCUAAAACAUCCAUCCUCAAAGUGAUUGAUUUGAAUCUGACACCACAUUUUAUAUCACCUAACUGAUUUGAUUUUUAUUGAUGAGAAAUUUUAGUUCUUGUGAUGAUCUAAUCAAUCAUAAAUUUGCACAUUUCUUCAGACCUGUCCCAAACUUGAUAUCUCAUCUUAUAUAUUACAGUAUGUUGCAUUUAAUGUCUUUAUUCAGUGACCAAAAAGCGGCCACAUCAGCUCCUCAUCACAAAGGUGAAGCAGUUUGAAGGCUCGUCCGCCUUCACCAGCAGAUCCCAGUGGACAGUGGAGCAGCUCCGCCAGGUCAACGGCAUCAAUCCCAACAAGGUUAGCAACAUCCAGACUCCCUGAUCUCAUCCACAAAGCUCUAUCAGCAGAUUAGUGUAGUCUUACUAAGACUUGUAUGAUAUUAAAUGUAAGGUAUGAGUCAACUUAUAUGAUCCUUUGAUUGUUCAAUGCUUUCCCAACAAUGGUAGUCAAACACUGACAGGUUAUUACAUCCCCUCUGGCAACUGCCCACAACAAGUUCCAGAGAACUUGUUGUGGGCACUUUAAUGGUAUUCAUUGGCGUCUUUAAUUUUCACAUUGAUAAUAUAGUUACCAUUAUUUGUUGGUUUUGGGAAACGUUUUACUGCAUAUACAGUACAUAAAGAAAAACAUCAUGUUGUGGGUUGAAAUCCAAGUCAAUCCUGACUUUUUUCAUUGUACAGACACAAACCCUGACGCUUUUUUGUGUUGUUGUGUUCCUCUUGGCAUCUAAAAAUGUCGAUAUUGGAGUUUCUUAAAUUCUGGUAAAGGUUCCUUUUGCACCAGUUUAAAGAGACUAUUUUUGAACCUACCAGCUUGUUUGUUGGUGUCAUAUCUUCUAAGAGCAAUGUCCAACUUUUAGGGUUUCUGCUGUAUUCAGGGAUUUAUCGUAAAGGACAUCCUGCCAUGACCUUCUCUGGGGCCAUUCUUCCUAUAUUCAAGUACAGUCAUAGUGCCAUAGAUCUGCUCAGAGGUCGACCUUGAUCAUGUCAAGGCAAGAUAUCAAACAUUGCUAAACCACCUAGGUACAUCUUUUGAUGGAUGCAGAUCCUCUUAAAAUUGUGUAAAAUUUAAAGAUUAAAUUGUGUUUUGGUUUUUUCAUCAGACCUGAUGCAUGUGUGGAGUUUGGGAAGCUUCAUCCUCCAAUUAUGAAGGUUAUUGUAGACACAACAGUUCUUGGCAUCACUAUUGGACCUCUGCACUGUUUGAGAAGAAGUUAUUUGAUGUGUAGUUUAUGGACUUCAUUCCCCUUGCUGUUUCAGGACAGUCCAGAGUUUGACCUGGUCUUUGAUAACACAGAGGACCAAUGGGUGGCCAGCUCUUCUGCAGAGAAGUGUAUCUUUGUUCAAAUCCUGUACCACGCCUGUCAAACCUACUGGGAAGGGAAAGCAGGGAGUCUGGGGAAGGUUGGGAAAUCAAGUAAGGUGAGCCGCCAAGGGAAACCAGGUCAAAGUCCUCAGCAAGGUGUCGUAGCUGGACCCAGUGUGUCCCCACCUAGACCUGCAUCCAGAACCCUGCAGGCCCGACGCAAGAGCUACGUCCCCCCCAAACAGACCGAGUUCAUCAACUGCCAGUCCAAACUCACAGGAGGUUCAGUCACAUUAUCAAAGCAUGUUGAGGUUAUCCUGGAAAGAUCCCGCAUCUGAUGUGUUGUCUGUGAUCUUGCAGAUGCCUGCACCAUGAACCUGGUCAUCUACCGCUGCAAAGCCUUCCUGAACCGCAUGAAGACCAGGAUGGUGUCCAACCAAAGUCGCCCAGGUGGAGGUAGGAAUCUGACCUAAACUUCAUCUGUCUAUCCAGUGAUCUUAUUACUUUACUACACUUCACAAGAGCUGCUUACCGUGUAUAAACAGAUGUGCGAUGACUCCUGUGGGUUCAACAGUUUGCUGUGGUUGACAAAAUGGAGAUGAUGCUCGAAGAGUAUCUGUGCUUGAAGACUGGAUAUCAGAAAGCAUGCUUUAAUUAUAAAUGGGAAUCAUGAAGAUGUGUGUUUACCAGGCAGAGAGACUUAAAUGAGCCUAAUUGAGUGAUGCAUGCUGGGAAAUGUAGGAAGAGUAGUAUUCAUUGUGACAUGACCUGACUCAGGUGGUCACAACAAAAAGUAGGAAGACACACACCAUGUAUCAACUCCCAAACAUCUCUUUAUUAAUUCAAAUUGAACCAAAUUAGAAUAUUUAAGAUAUGAGGUGUGUGAAUCAGUAAAAUCAGUAUUGUGUAAGGUGUGCAGGAGUGGAAAGUAGGUGUAUGUGUGUGAGGGUGUUGUAAAGAGCAAACAUAAACUACAACUAAACCAAACCAAACCAAACCAAAACAAGUCAAAACAAGCAAAGACAAGCCAAACAAAAUAAAGCCAAACCAAUCUAAGUCAAGUCAAACCAAGUACUUGUAAAGGCAGUCAGAAGAAACAAAAGAGGGCCUUGCAAGUAACUGUGGGAGCUUAAAUACUCCCAGCACCCAGGUGUGCAUAGUUGCUCUGAUUAGGGUGCAGAGAGAAGCCAACCAGACACACACCUCCCACAGCAGCAUGACCCUAUCGGGGCAUCACAGUUGCUAAAGGAGUCCCAUGAGCACAUGACACACAAGGUCAGAAAGAUUUUGCAUCUGUUGCUUCAAUUCUGAGUUUUUUUUUUUUUUAACCAUGUCACUAAAAUUGAGGGAAGAAUGAGGAGAAGGAAGUCUGGAUAUUGAUAAAAGUUCCCAGGAAAUUAUCUCGUUUUAAAAUCAUUUAAGGAUCAAAAAAGGAAGCAGUGGUUUCAUUUAAUUCGCAUCAAUCAAUGAGUCAUUUAUUAUCACUUCAUAGUAAAUGUUACCUGAGGUCCCUUUUCCAUAAAGACCAGACAUUUAUCUGAUUUGGACGAGAAAAACUUCCUUUAACAGGCUGAAGCCUCGAUCAGAGCUAGACUUUUUAAUGAACACAUAUCUGCUGAGACUUUUUGUUAAAACAGGAAACUGUGAGCUUUUCACCUGCUCUCUCUCUUUCAUUUGUGCAUCCUCCUGUUAGUUCAGGUCCUAUCACUCAGAUUUUGUGUCUCUGGGUGGUUUUCUCUUCAGUCUGCGUCUCUAUUUGUCCAUUGUGUCUCCGAUCGGCAGCAGAAAGGCGUCUCUGUGAGCGGCGGGUAGAUCAGAAGACACUUUGUGUGUUUUCGGGGAGGACGGUACAAUAGUGGGUCUUUUGGAGGGCUGCGGCUGUGAGCGGCUCCCAUUGAACCCUCUAACUGGCUGUAAUGAUGGGAGACGUGCCAGCUGCAACGCGGCACCGAGUCACAGGUCAACAGAGUGUUUAACCUCAGACGACCUGUGAGUCUGUAAAGAUUGUACAGAGAGGUGCUGCAGAAAACUGGUCUGCACAGGUCAGAGGUCAAGGCCUCUGUUCAGAGUCACACUCGAUUGAAUGAGAAGUUCAGCUAUUGAAGAUAGAGAUCUCACUUGUAUUUUUUAUUUUAGCAGAAAUAGAGUCAGAAUUGGGUGGUGGGUGGUUUGAAACAGUCUGAAAAAUUGACUUUGUCAGGGCCAGCUACUUUCUUCUUAGCAGGGGCUGGAAAACACGAUUCUAGUUGUAAUCUUGAGGCCUCACCACUAGAUGGCGAUAACACCAAACUUAUACACACUGCUCCUUUUAAUGUGCUUUUUUUGUCUAUGUCUUAAUUAUUUUUGGCCCAAACAGGCAGACAUUUUGGGGUCUAAAAUAAAGCAGACAGACUGAGAAAAAAGUUUGUUUCUGUAUCAUCAGUGACAUGUGUACUCUCGUCCUCUGUGUGUUUGUACUGCAUGUCUGUGUAAACUGUUGUCUUGUUCGGGUUCCAUCUUUAACCUUCCUCCUGUGUUAGCUUUCACUACGCACCCACUAUGUUAAGGGUCAGUUUUGACCUGUGUCUUAAAUCAGCUGUAAAUUACACUAAAAACAAUUCUCUAUCAUCCAAUUUGGUUCUCAUCUCUAAGUUUCCUUGUUAGGCUUCAUUAUCCAUUAAAAUAUUGCCUACAAUAUUUUUUGUAGUGGGCCUCUGGGCCUUUCUUUGUCAUAUACUGAAUUGAUCUCACAUGUCUGGACUCUGGACAUGUCUGACGUUGUUUUUUGUGCUGGGUAAAACAUGGCAAAAUGAGAAUUUCCUAAAUCUCACAUGAUUGGAAGACGAUCUGACUGUCAGUGUGAUGCCUGUCAGUGCACUUAUGAUUUCAGUUUUUGCUCUAAUUAUUAGAUAUUGAUCUAACCUGGUCAACAGCGACCAUAACAUGACAAAUGCCAUAAUUUUAAAAAGAGAAUUUUAUAAUUAAGUCAAUUUAAUUUUUUUGUUUUUAUUUUGUUGAAAUAGAGGUUUCUGACAAAGUCAAAAAGUCUUGAUGCAAAAAAGCUCAUCAAAGUGGUUCUUUUAUGCAUGUAAAAACAAAAACGGGUCUGUGUCAGUGAUAUUUUGUAUUGGAACUCUAAUUUAACAAAUUCAGUUUUUACCAACAUUUUACAAACCCUGUUUUUUCCAUUCAUUGGUCAAUUUACUCCCUGCAAUGCUCUCUGUUCCUGUGUGUGCAUGAACAGGUGGGUCAGGGAGCACCAUGGCUAGUGUAGUUCAGAGGAUGAACGUGGCUCUGGGUGAGCGAGGAGAAAGACUGAGUCGAGCUGAAGAUAAAACUGUGGAUCUGCUGCAGCGAGCCCAGCAGUUUGCAGACACUGCACACAAGGUGAGAACUACAGCGGUAUUGUGUAAUCAUAUUAAACAUUUAUUUGACAAACUUAAUGUUGAAACUGUGGAGAGAAACAAAUCUGGGUUUGGUUUUAUCUCUCCUGCAGCUGGCUCUGAAGUAUUCAAAGUAAAGGAGAAGGUCCUUCAGGACCCUUUAACAUGGACUCUGUCAGGUCUAAUCCAGUCCAGACCCCCACAUCAAAUCUACCUGAAGAAACAGAAGAGGACUGAGCAUUAAGACUGUCAUCACUAAAAACUAAACUCUCUAAUGUUUGUCCUGAUGAAGACACACCUGUCCCUCACUUUUUCCUCCUGUCACAUGACAGUAAGCUGGACAAACUGAUCUAAGAUGCAGCUAGUAAACCUUUUCUGUAAUUACCUACGAAUAUUUUAAUCGAUUAAUUUCUUGACUUUUUAAUUUAUAAAGUAAAUGCAGACUUUCUGUAAUGUGAACCAAAGUUAUUACUGAGCAUUUAUCACAUUAACUGAUCUGAGAUCUGUGUGAGAGGUUAUAUUGCUCAGAGUCGGAGUUGGGUUCACUAAAUGUUUGAUUUGACUUCAUUCUUGUUCUUGAGUUUAUCUGUCUGUCCAUGUGCUGAAUGAUCAGCGCAGCCUGUCUCCUUUAUGUUUGCGUUGUUGUCCUCUGUCCAUAAUAUUGUGUCUUCAGUUCUGUGUCUCUUUGCUGGUUGUCUCGUCUUUGUCUCUCCUGAUCAGCGACCCUGAACUCCAGGACUGUUUUUCUCUGAGAUUAUUCCUCAGGCAGCUGAGAGAGUGAAGCUGAUCUGUGUCACUAAGUAAGGCUCAUUGUGAGACUUUGUGUCAAAGUUUGUGAGCAAACAUGAACAGUGGGGAUACUUUACCUCACGUUCAUAUUUAAUCCAGUUUAAACCUCAUCAUUCAUCAGUGAAUAAAUACUCACUAAACUCUGUCUGUAUGUUUUUGUGUUUGGCUGCAGGUGAUGCAGUAACACAGUGACGUGCUUUGAGCCUGUCUGCCAAUAAAUCUGAUCUGUAUACUGAUCUGUGCUGUGUUUAUUUAACACUACUGCUCAGAAUGUGGACCAGAAAAAAACAUCCCACUACACAGAUGUAAUGUGAUAUUUGAUAAAGAUGUGUUUUAACAGACUUCAGGAUCAAGAUAACAUAAUUAAAUGAAUAAAAAAUAAGUAUGGCUUAUUUUUCUAAUGAGUGUAAAUGUUUUACAAUUAAAUAUAUUCUAAAAAAUAUUUAAAUAAAUGUAAUUUUAUUUAAUUUA